AUGUACACCACAUGGGACAGUGGCGGUUUCCCACAUUUCUUUAGUCAACUUAAACUGGCAUUUACUCAAAUCUACUCAGUAAUAUUCUUGUUAAUCAUGCUCACGAUGUGUGGUCGGAAAAAAAAAAGAAGUGGAGGAGGAAUACAAUCAAGCUCGGCAGGGCGUAAACCUUCUAUACGAUCUGCCUUAGCAACUAAGAAGAAAGUAAAAUCGAUUGGUAUGGAUUCUGGUUCUAUUGCCGAGGAUCCACCUCAGAAGCAGUUAGAUGAGACGCGAAAUAAAACGGACUGCAAAGGAUCGCAAAGCAAAGCAACUGACUCUGGAACUGAUGAAAAAAAGUGGCAAGUUGCAUCCCAAACACCUAACGCUGACAGUGAUCAGAAGAAACAGAUGAAACCAUCUGAAUGUCAAAAAUUGGAGCAAAGUGGAGAUGGUUAUGAAAACUUCGGUCCACCACCAGAAAUUGCUGAAGCCCAUGCAAAGGCUGAUUAUGAGGGAUCACUUAUAAUAGGAGAACAAAACGAUGAUGGUGGUGGAAUAAAAAAAUUAUCAAGAGUGAAUGGAAACAAAGGCAAAAACACACGGAAAGCAUCAUCACGAAACUUGGACCGAACGCAGGAUCUAAGCAUUCAACUUGGGAAAAAGUAUCGCACGAGGAAAAGUGAAAUAGCCAUAUAA